AUGCCUUCAGAGACUGAUAACAUGCACUCACGGGAAGACGUUAUGGCGGGGAGGGGUUAUGUCGCAUAUCUGAAGAGACGAAUUGAUCACCUCGAAGCCCUGAACAAUUCAAGUCCGGCCAUUGGAGUUAACAAUGGCCCUGAGGCUGCUCAUGGAGAUACGACCGACACCGUCAGCCCUCAACAACGCCUCGUGGAUGCGGCUGUUAAUGAGGUUGAAUACCUCUCAGUGGCGGCGAUGAGUGGUCCGAAGCGGCCACACCAGGUCGUCUUGAACAACUCUUUUUUUGCGAGGUUGGUCACAGCGGCUUCUAAGAUGGCCCAGGAAGACUUGUCCGCACUCUCUAGCAGAAAAGAUGCCGCUGAACUCACAGUUGGGGCACUCAGGAAUCUGAUGCUUCAAACUGGCCGUGAUUGUCAAUACUUCAUCAAGUGCUGCCACCAUAAUAUCGGACUGCUGUUCCCUUGCAUCUUUAUCGAAAUGGCUGUGGACAAUUUCGAGACCAUGUCAAUGAACAGAACUGACGAGGACGCUCCAGUACUAGUCGAUCAGCCGCCCGAGGUUGCCUGCGUUGUUUAUGCCACCUUAAGCCUGGGAAUUUCUUCAAGUUCUCAUGGUAAGUCCUUGACGGCUCACGCAUAUGACUUUGCUGCAAGGGCUUUGGCGCUACUUCCACAGCUGGCGGGAGAGACUUCCGAUAAGGAGAUGAUCCGGUGUAUGGUUCUCGUGGCACUUGUUUUGCUGCACUUUCGCUGCGAAAGCCCGGGCAUGUACCUCCUAGGUCUCGCAAUGACGAAGGCUAUUUCGACGGGCAUGCAUCGUGGAAACGCUGAUAUCGCCCAUGAAACAACCGGAGUGCCCCUUUUCUGGACACUUUAUGUUCUCGACCGGACUCUAUCCAUAGUCACGGGUCGACCUUUUCAAAUCGAGGAUGGUGAUAUUGACUUGGAGAUGCCCCAAGUUGCUUUUCAUCCGCCUCACAGUCAAUCGGGCCUGCAUUUACAGUCAUUUUUCAUGUGGACGGUGCAAUACGCAAAAAUGCUGUCAGAUUGGCGCUCUGGACCACGUAUCGAAAUCCCAGUUUGCCUAUCCAGUCUAGAAUACUGGUACCAGUCCAGUGAAGAUAUCAUCGAUUUGGUGGCCAUGGCCGAGGACCUCCAGAGCACUGAUAAGCCACGCCUAAGUGCAAUCUUGGACAUGCACAAAGAGCAGCUCAAUUGUCGCGCCCUUCUUCAGCUUCUCUGCCAUUGUCUCCAAUAUUCAUUAGCGGAGCUACCCCGUGGUCUCAUACACGGUAGGCUGAACCGGGAAGUGCCCCGAUACAUCAACAAUAUCCAACUUUGCCUUGACAAGUAUGAGUUUGCGCCAGGCAUCCUGGAUGUCAUUGAUGUCCUUGGAGCAACCAUCGCAUACAUUUACUCUUGUCAAAUCUACACUGCAGUCGAAAUACAACACCAAGGACUUAGACCGGCCAUGGCAUUCGGAGUAGCGGACAUGAAGGUAGUCAUGACCGCUAUGGGAGUACUGCACAAUAUGGCAGAUGUGCUCAAUCUUACUGAGGACUUUCACGAAUUUUUGUGGAGCUUACUCACGACUGUUGAGAAAAAGGGACAAACUGUCCACGUCGCCCCUGCAGCACUAAACGGAGAAGAUGAACCUUGCAAUGUCCUGGAUCGGGCCAUGCAAUGUUCCAUGUAUUUCUAG